UCUACUACCUAGGGUAAUUUACCGAACUUUUGCCGCUCCACCCAACUAUUUUAGUACGUACCUCUUAGUGGAGACCCGGACCUAGAGCUUUUGGAGCUAAGAAAAAUUUGGAUCUUUUUUUUUUUUCUUGCUGCUAAAGUUUCAACUCUUUUCAAUUCAUCACAACACGCCCACCACUUCAACAUCUCAUGCGCUAAUCUGCCAAAAAGUACCAACAACUGGCAAGAUGACUCAAAUAGACUUCUUGCUGCAUGAGUCCGCUGUGGGCUAUGCGGUCUUCAAGGUCGUUCAUCAGCAGGAUACUGUUGGUUUACACCUGAAGGAAGUCCAAAAGGCUGGUCAAGACCUUGCAAAAUUUGGAAAGAUGGUGCAAUUGGUCAGCUUUGCGCCUUGGAGAAAUGCCGCCGACGCACUCGAGAAUAUUAACCUCGUCUCCGAGGGCAUUCUCUCAGACUAUCUCAAGUCCAAUCUCGAACUGAACCUACCCCAGUCCAAGAAGAGCAAGAUCGUUCUUGGUGUCGCUGACAAGAACUUGGCUGGUUCUAUCAAGGCUGAAUUCCCCGGUGUUGAAUGCGAGACGGGUGAUACUUCCGAAGUCGUUGCCGAUUUGUUACGAGGCAUUCGCCUUCACGCGGAGAAGUUACUUAAGGGUCUCCAGGACGGUGACGUGGAAAGGGCCCAGCUUGGUCUCGGCCAUGCCUACUCUCGUGGAAAGGUAAAGUUCAACGUUCACAAGAACGACAACCAUAUCAUCAGAGCUAUUGCUACUCUGGACAACCUCGACAAGGGCAUCAACUUGUUCUCCCAAAAGGUUCGAGAAUGGUACGGAUGGCAUUUCCCUGAGCUAUAUAGCAUCGCUUCCGACAACCUGGCUUAUGCGCGCUUGGCUCUUUUCAUCGGUGACAAGUCAACCUUGUCAGAUGACAAGCUUCAUGAGAUUGCCGCUCUAGUUGACGACGAUGAAGAGAAGGCUCAAGAAAUUAUCAACAAGGCUAAGAUUUCCAUGGGACGAGAACUAUCACACGUGGACAUGGCCAACAUCUCCACAUUCGCAGGCAAGGUUGUUAGACUUGCCGAGUACCGACGAACGCUCUAUAGCUACCUGGUUGAGAAGAUGAGCACUGUGGCUCCUAAUUUGGCUGCGCUUAUUGGCGAAGUCGUCGCAGCUCGUCUGAUCCAGAAGGCUGGUUCUUUAACGAACUUAUCCAAGUACCCCGCCUCCACGCUCCAGAUUUUAGGAGCUGAGAAGGCUCUUUUCCGAGCUCUCAAGACCAAGGGCAACACCCCUAAGUUCGGGCUCAUCUACCACAGCUCGUUCAUCGGGCGCGCGGGCCAGAAAGACAAGGGUCGCAUUUCAAGAUACCUCGCCAACAAGUGCAGUAUUGCCAGUCGAAUUGACAACUUUGCCGAACAGCCCUCCAAGACGUUUGGCAAUGCGUUAAAGCAACAGGUUGAGGACCGUUUGGAGUUCUACGCUACUGGCAAGAAGCCGACGAAGAAUGUUGAUGCGAUGGACAAGGCCAUGGCUGAUAUCCUCGCGGAUGGCAAGAGUUUGGCUAUCGAUACGGAGAUGAUCGACAUGCCGCCAAGCGCAAGCACCGAGACGCCCAAGAAAGAGAAGAAGUCUAAGGAUAAGAAGGAGAAGAAGGAAGGGAAGAAGGACAAGAAACGAAAGCACAGCGAUGUGCACGAGAUAGCAGAACCGGAAGCUGACGGCGAGAAAAAGAAGAAGAAGAAGAAGAAGCACGCAGACGAAUAAGGGGAUAGCUUACCCUUUCGCUUACAAUGUGUGUGAAGGCUUCAACGUUGGUCCCAAGGCAUCGGUUUAGGCGUUUCGGAAAUUCAGGUGUUCUUCUCUUUUUCUAAUUCUCGCUUCGAGGUGUGGCUCUGUAUAAAAAUGUCUCGGAAUUCGAGGUAUAUUGAGCAAUGCUGACUUUAGUGUCCGAACACCGCAAGAAAUCUGAAGGGGCGACAACUUAUGAAAGUUAUCUACGGUAAAAAAGGCAUGUGCUUGGUUAACUUGCUUUCCAUGUACCUACAUACGUAACGUUAACAAUGAAAAGUUUUCAAGUCUU